CCGCGUCUGCUUUUACGAUGUACAAUAACUGCCCUUGUUGUUUAAAGAGAAUCUUCGACAAAAUAGUUACAGAUGUAGUGUUGCUGCUGUGCACCGCAGACACAGCAGCCUGCUUCAAAACGCGUCACGUACCACGAGAGUGAAGUGGGACCACCAGCAACUCUGCUACAGUUACCCCAGAACAGCACUGCCCACACUUAAAGCAAAUGAACCUAAGAGGAAUUCAAGAGGAGCAAUUCAGGCAGCAAAGUUACUUGCCUUUUGUUUACCUUUAGUACAAAGUGAAAGACUGAAAACUUUGAGCGAGGUGCUAUAAAGAUGGAUGAGGAAUUUUGCAUAAUAGGACAAGAAGAGCUGGAUGAAAUUAAAGAAGCAUUAUCCACUCAAGAUAUGCCAACAGCAAUUACUAAAAUCAAGAAUGUUCUUGAGCAGCAAGACCGUGUUGAGUUAAAUAUUGGCGUGACGGGAGAAUCUGGUUCUGGAAAGUCCUCAUUUGUCAAUGCUUUUAGGGGUAUAGGGGAUGAAGAAAAGGGCUCUGCCCAAACUGGUCCAGUGGAGACCACAAUGCAAACACAAGUUUACCUUCACCCAAAAUAUGAAAAUGUGAAAGUGUGGGAUCUCCCUGGAAUCGGGACACCAAACUUCAAAGCCAAUGAGUACCUUGAACAAGUUCAGUUUGAACGUUAUGAUUUUUUUAUCAUUAUUGCUUCAGAUCGGUUCAGAGAAUGUCACACCCAGCUGGCCAAAGAGAUCAUGAGGAUGGGGAAGAAGUUUUACUUUGUUCGUUCCAAAAUUGACUCAAACAUUCUUGCUGAAUCCAGAAAAAAAAGCUUUGACCAAGAAAAGACCCUAAAUACCAUACGGGAGGACUGUGAAACAGAAUUGACAAAGAUUGGUAUUGAGGCUUCUGUUGUGUUCUUGAUCUCCUGCUUUGAACUGGGCAAGUAUGAUUUCAAUCUGAUGCAGGAGAGGAUGGAGAAAGAGCUUCCCCAGCAUAAGAGACACGUGCUGAUGUUGGCCAUACCGAAUAUCACGCUGGAGAUCAAUGAGAGAAAGAAGAAAGCUUUAGAGGAAAACAUUUCCAGAGUAGCCCUCCUGUCUGCUGGCGUAGCUACAAUUCCUCUUCCUGGUCUUUCUGUUUUUGUGGAUUUAGCCAUCGUGAACAAUGAGAUAGAGAAGUACUACAGUGUCUUUGGUCUGGAUGAUCCCUCUCUGCAGAUGCUGUGUGAAAGAUCUGGUAAGACCAUAGAAGAACUAAAGAAUGUGAUGAAGUCACCGUUGCAUCUUGGGAUAAACCCAACUGCUCUCAUAGGCUUGCUGGGAGCUGCAUCGCUGUAUGUAUCAGAGAAUGCUGUUGAGUAUGUCUGCAGUCUCGUACCUGUGCUUGGCACUAUGGUAGCAGGAGGAAUGUCUUACUUGACCAUCUCAAAAAUGCUAAAGAAAGCUUUGAAUGAGUUAGCUGAAGAUGCCAAGAAUGUGCUGAUAGCUUCACUGGAGACUGAAGUGUGAUAAAAUGCCACAGAUUUUCAGGCCCUACAGGACAGACUGAUAAACAUUAUGACAGACUUCAAGUCACAGCUUUUCAUAUAAAGCAGAAAAGCAACAUAAAAAAUUUUUGUUUAGUCCCUUCAGGCUUGCUGUAUUCUGGUAUUUUUAGACUGUUCAAAUUAGUUUUGAGAUAAAUAAUAAUCCAUGGCUUCUGGGUUUACAAAGUAUGCAAAGGUCAUGCACUGUAAAAAAAAUCCCGUAAAAAAACAGAUAAAGUACUGGCAGAAAAUUACCAGUACAUUUUCCUUUAUUUUACGGACAUUUCCAUUAAUGCUAAAAUGCAAAUGAAUGCAGUGCAAAAUGUAAAAUACAGGCAAAACAACUGUAAAAAUGAACACGGAAAAUUCCUUCAUAUUAAUACAGUAUAUUGUGCCCUAUUUUUACGGCUUUUUUUUAGUGUGUGGUAUUGUGCAUGUCAAAAUGUCUUGACUCUUGUCUCCAAGGACCCAACUGUAUA